AUGAAUGGCAAGAUAAAGAAUUGGGCUACAAAUAUUAUCAUCCUGGACCUUCAUAUUAUUGAACAAAUUCGAAAUACUAAUGUAUAUAAUGCAAAAGGUCAACAAAUAGCUAACAAAAAGAUCAGAUAUGCCAAUGGAUUUAGAAAAAUGAAGAAGGCUCUCAAUACUGCUUUGGAUCUCGGUUGUAAACAGAAAUUGAUUAAUAUGGUUACUUGUUUUGUUGACCAAAAAAAGUUUGAACUUGAAAAUAUUAACAAUGAAGAUACUCAUUCUGGUCAACCUGAAGAGAUGCAAAGCCAUAAAGAACUAGCACAUAAUUAUAGUGCAAUUAAUUUACAGGAUCCUAAUUUGAGAGUUCCUUUGUCAAUCGUUAAUUCAAACUCAAAUAGUAAUAAUUCUGUAGACAACAUAAAAGAUU